UCCUGAUCCCUCCUCACGUAGUGUGUUCUUCAUAUAGCACCAAAUAUCAUGUCCGUGACCAGGAUCACAACCAGACCUGGAUAGAAAACAAUCGGGAAAAGUCGCACUCUGGGGGCCGAAAGCGGCGCCAUUUGGAGCCAAACGCGCAGACAGUCUGCAGACAGCUGCUGCUGCACCGGGGCGAGCUGGAGGUGCUGUUGGAGCUUCAUGCUGUGACUCACCGGCGCGCAUAGGUUCACUCACAAACAGAUUUUUUAUUUUUUUUUUCUUUAAAAUAAGAGCAAAUCAAAGCUGCAUCUUUACUGUGAAGCGGGGUCACCUUGAGUGGGAUCUAUGGGAAAACUGGAGCUCAGGCUUUCUCCUCUUUCUCGCAUCGGUGGAGUGGGAGCGCAGCAGGUUCUUCAGGAUUUAUUUUGGCAGUAAAUUCAAAUUCCUAAUUUUUUGAGGGGCUGCACCUGUUCACCUGGACACUCUUCAGUACGCCUUCUCCUCUCUGAUAGCCUGAAGGGAUUUUUUGGGGAGGGAGGAGGAGAAAAAGAAAGAAGGAAAGAAAAGUGACCAGGCUUUCUUGACUCUGGCUCAGGGUCUCUGGGAGUGAUGGCGGCGUCUGCACCCUCUUCCUCCUCCUCUUCCUCCGGCGCCGGAGCGGAUCCCAACUCGACAAAUUUACGGCCGCCGGGCUCAAGUUAUGAUGCGUGGUGUGGAGUUGCUCAUGGAUGUACAAGAAAAUUAGGAAUGAUAUGUGGAUUUCUGCAGAAGAAUGACAGUAUGGAAGAGAGGAGCAGGAUCGCGAGGUCCCUGAAGGAGCGCACCGCCAAAAACCUAAUUGCCUGCGAUAACACCGGGGGAGACGCGCGUUUCAGGCGCACGGAGACCGACUUCUCCAACCUGUUCGCCAGAGAUCUGUUACCUUCAAAGAAUGGCGAGGAGACAACCAUGCAGUUCCUGUUGGAGGUUGUGGAAAUCCUCACCAGCUAUAUCCGGAAGACCUUUGACAGAUCCACCAAGGUCCUUGACUUCCACCAUCCUCACCAGCUGCUGGAGGGCAUGGAGGGCUUCAACUUGGAGCUCUCUGACCAGCCUGAAUCUCUGGAGCAGAUCCUGGUGGACUGCAGGGAUACUCUGAAAUAUGGAGUGAGAACAGGCCACCCCAGAUUCUUUAACCAGCUGUCCACUGGAUUAGACAUCAUAGGCUUGGCAGGAGAAUGGCUCACUUCCACAGCCAACACUAAUAUGUUCACUUACGAGAUCGCCCCUGUUUUUGUGCUAAUGGAGCAGCUGACGCUCAAGAAGAUGAGAGAGAUAAUCGGCUGGCCGAACGGAGAGGGAGACGGUAUAUUUUCUCCAGGUGGCGCCAUCUCUAACAUGUACAGCGUGAUGAUCGCCAGGUACAAGUUCUUCCCUGAAGUCAAGACCAAAGGCAUGGCAGCUGCACCCCGACUGGUGCUCUUCACUUCUGAGCAUAGCCACUAUUCCAUCAAGAAAGCAAGUGCAGCUCUGGGCUUUGGAACAGAGAACCUUAUCCUUUUAAACACAGAUGCAAGAGGUAGAGUCAUUCCUGCUGAUCUGGAGGCGAAAAUAAUCGAGGUCAAGCAAAAGGGGUAUGUUCCAAUGUUUGUGAACGCCACUGCCGGCACCACUGUCUAUGGAGCCUUUGAUCCUAUCAAUGAGAUCGCAGACAUCUGUGAGAAGUACAACAUAUGGCUUCAUGUGGAUGCUGCAUGGGGAGGAGGCUUGCUGAUGUCCAGAAGACACAAACACAAGCUAAAUGGAGUAGAAAGGGCGAACUCAGUCACCUGGAACCCUCACAAGAUGAUGGGAGUGCCACUGCAGUGCUCUGCCAUUCUGGUCAGAGAGAGGGGACUAUUACAAGGCUGCAACUCCAUGUGUGCGGGUUACCUCUUCCAGCCAGACAAACAGUACGAUGUCACAUACGACACGGGGGAUAAGGCCAUUCAGUGUGGACGCCAUGUUGAUAUCUUCAAGUUUUGGCUCAUGUGGAAGGCAAAGGGAACAGUAGGAUUUGAGCAGCAUAUUGACAAGUGCUUGGAUCUGUCUGCGUACCUCUACGACAAAAUAAAAAACAGAGAGGGGUUUGAGAUGGUUUUCAACACAGAGCCGCAGCACACUAAUGUCUGCUUCUGGUACAUUCCUCCGAGCCUCCGUGGCAUGCCUGAUGGCAAAGAGAAACGCGAGAGGCUGCACAAGGUGGCUCCCAAGAUCAAGGCCAUGAUGAUGGAGUCAGGAACCACCAUGGUGGGGUACCAGCCGCAAGGAGACAAAGUCAACUUCUUCCGCAUGGUCAUCUCCAACCCUGCAGCCACCAGGUCAGACAUCGACUUCCUGAUUGAAGAGAUUGAGCGGCUGGGCCCUGAACUGUGAGAACCGUCUGUAGAGUGUAUCCUCUGACAUUAACGAGCCUUCAGCUUUGCUUAAUGUUCCGUUUGUCUUUUCAAAACAAAGUAUUUUCUGGUAAUGCACAACUAAUAAUAGUAUACCCAGUGUAUUUCUGCCAGUUCUGUCCUUAGCUACAGUGAUGUAUGUAUUUAAAACAUUUGCACAUCUGACAGAAAAAAAGAACAAAGCACAAUGGCAUUCUUGUUUAUUAUGCAAAGUGGGAAUAAACCACAAUGUUAAGGUGAGAAAACUGAAAUGGGGCAAUUUUCAUGUAGAAAUAAACUUGUUUACAAAGAAAAUAAAAUAUUGUUAGAAAAUAUGAAUAAAGAAAUUUAGGGAAAUAAAUGAUUUAUAAAAGAUAAAUAAAUGUUUAAUUAAAUGUAUUGUUUAAAAAAUAAUGGGAGAGGAUGGUAACAGUUGGUUUUAAACAAAUAAUGUGUGGACAAAUAGACAUAAUUUACAAUAACAUAAAAGUAAAAAAUUACAAAGAACAAGAAUUUGAAGAUUUCAUCUUUCAUUGUAACUGGUAUUAAGAAAAUCAGUGACAAGAAAUCUGAGACGUGUGAAAAGCAGAAAGGCUUGGAAUUAGUGCAAAUUAAUGCACAGACAUGACAUCCAAUGUUUAAAGAUUAUGAAGAGAUGAUUUUUGAGAACGGGAUCAGCUGAGAGAUGCUGGUUUUCAGAUAUGAAUAUACAAGUAAGCAUUCUGUCUAUAGCACCAUUAGCACUGGAUUUCUGGAGUCUGAAGGAUUUACCAACCUAACUUUACAUAAGCAGUAGCAAGGAACAUCAUAUUUUUUCAUAAAUGGAGAUACUAACAAAAAUAUUUUUUCGCAGUAGUGUGUACUGCAAUAGAAGGGGACAGAAACUAGAUAUCUUCCUCUUCUUCCUGUCAAUGUAAAGUUAAUGUUAGCAUGGCUGGAAAGCUAGAUGCUGCAGGUAGAUAGAAAAGCAGCAGUUAAAAUCUUUUAUGUCCUCUGAAUAAAUUUUCACCUGGUGGAUAUCAUUUAUGCUGAUGAAAUGAAUGUGUUCAGUACCUCUCUAUACUGGUGUGGCUUAGGACACUGGUUCGGUGUUAGAGAUUAAUAGCCACCAAGGCCUGUGCAUGUUUAGUUUAUUGGGUGUUUUCAUCAAAAACCUGGUACUGACAACUAAAAAAAGAUUUAUACAUUUUUUAAGCGUAUGUCCUAGACAGACAUACGCUUCUACGACCAUCGUGUCCUGUAACUGUAGGAGGCGCUGUUUCCUCAAUUCACCAAGAACAAAACAACGUGAACAAGAACAUAUAAAGUAAACACAUACAGUGCUGAGAAAUUGUUUCCCCCAUAGCAGAUUUAUCUUGUUUUUGCUUUUUAGUCACACUUACAUGUUUAAGAUCAUCAGUCAUAUUUUAAUAUCAGAUCAAGAUAACUUGAGUAAAUAUAGGAUACAGUUUUAAAAUGAUGAUUGAAUAAAUAAAAUAAUAAAACAUAAUUAAAUAAGCUAUUUAAACAAACCUGGCCCAAUGUGAAAAUGUAAUUUUCAUUUUAAUGCCAUAACUGGUUGUGCCAUUAAGUCAGACUGAUUGGAAAGCAUCUGCUUAAGCAUUUGCAAUAAUUGGAUAUAAGUCUUUUAUGUCACUUUGGGGGAAUUUUGACCCACUUUUAUUUGCAGAAUUGCUUUAAUUAGGACACAUUGGUGGGUAUUCGAGGAUGACAGGCCAGUUUAAGGUUGUGCCAUAGCAUAUAAAUUGGAUUAAAGUCCAGACUUUAAUUUAACUUCUCCAAAAUCUUCAUUUUGCUAGGUUAGUUAAUUGCCAUGUUAAUUGAUGGUUCCAUUUAUUCUGGCAAGUCGUCCAGGUUCUGAAGCAGCAAAGCAGUCCAAGACCAUCACUCCACCACCAUCGUAUUUGACUAUUGGUGUUAUUUCUCUUUUUCUGAAUUGCUGCAUUAUACCAAAUGUAAAUUCCACCUUUGAUUCAUCAGUCCACAGGGUGUUUUUCCAAAAGUCUUGGGGGAUUAUCAAAGUGAGUUUGGGGGGAUUUGUAGGAUGGACGUUAGUGUCUUUUUUGCUCAGGAGUGGUUUGUAAGAAUUCUUUGUAAGCCUGUUCCAGAAAGCUAAAUGUCAAUGGCUUUGUUUCUCAUCUGUUCUUGAAUUACUUUAGAUUGAGACAUGAUCUAUUGUUUUUUGAAAUCUUUUAGCAGAUUUCUUGUUGUCACACAGGUUCUGACUAAAUGCGUCCAAAUGAAAAAACCAAAGCAAGAAAUGUGUCAGGGGGCAAAUAGUUUUUCACACCACUGUAACUAAACUUUAUGAUUGUUUGUUUUGAAUUGUUCCAUUUUUUAUUUCACCCCAGGGUGAAGCAUAUAUACAUAUAUAUAUAUACAAGUUGAGGUAUUUUGUAUUUAAAACAAACAUCAAAUAACUAAAUGUUUUGUUAGUCAGAACAGAUUUCUGGGAAAAGGAAAUUACCAAAACAUGCACAGACCUCCAUGAUGAAAGGUUCUUGUUUUAACAACAUAGAUUUACAGUUUUUCUAGGAUGGAAAGACUGAGAAAAGUUAAAGUUUGUUUUCAGAUAAAAACCAUGUGUAUAGCAAGUAAAUUAUACUAAUAAGUAUCAAACAGAUUAUUAGUUCAGAAAGUGCCCACAGCUUCCUUUGAAAAUGUUACCUCUCCCUGUGCCUGUACAUCAGCUACAAAGAAUGUCCCUAUACGCUUAAUCUGUGUUAAAAAUAAAAUACUCAAAAUAUUUUCACACUCAGCAGAUUAAAAUUACAAGAAAACCUCACAACAUAGGCAAAAACAUACAUAAGAGAAAUGUAUGACAUGUAAUAAUUAUCAGUGUUGUCUUUAUCAAGUCAGUUGGAACAUUAUAGCUGUUAUUUCCCUCAGAUAUACAGCAAAUCUAAAACAGUCACUGCAACUGACUGCUGUGACUUUUGUGUGGAUUGUGUACUGUUACAUUACCUUCGUGCCAAAUAUGUCCUAGUUUCACAACAAACAAAUUCUAUGUAAAUCAAACAUGCAGUAUAUUGUGUGAUAGAUUGACAAUUUAAUUUAUAUGGAGAGGCUUUUAUUGUGAAAAGGAUAUCUUCUCUGUUCAAGAAAACCUUGCUGUAAAACAUGUUUUGGUGUAUUUGUGAACCAAAGAAAGGUUAGGUUAAUUCGUGAUUAGCUUCAUGGCCCUUUUUCCUUCAUGGAAAUGGAUUUACCUUUGACUUUAGUGCAAUUGUGUCACCACGCAACGUCAUUGUGAUUCACUGAGUCAUCAAAACUUUCAGGCAGUCCGGCUGCUGCUUCAGUUAAGACAAAAAGCACAUUAUUAAAUCAUGUGAAUGGGGCAGCUUUAAAUUUAGAGACUUAUGAUUGUCUGUACUAUAUAAUGUGAAGUGGAGUAUAACUAUAAUAUGCAAAAUUAUGGUGGGCACAAUAUGCUUUCUAUGGGCAUAAUUGUAAGUGAAGAAAAACUUUGUGAUUGUUUUCCAUUAAGCAUUUUGCUUGAAACAAGUAAUGUAUUUGCUACUGUACUAAGACUGAGUAAACACCUGUACAUUCCUGAUCUUUGGGGGGAUGAAAUGCCCUUUGUAGUACUUAAUGUGAGCACCUUAACAUGGAUAAAUAAAUAGUGUAUUCACAAAACUAAUAAAGACAUGAGCUGUGAAACAUC